CGUAACUGGAUCUGUGAGGCGACGGUUGAACUGGAAAUCGAUAAGGGAAAUCUCUCCACCGACAGCUCGCAAGAUCAAUGAUUCUUGAAGCCGAGGGGGGACGUCACAUCGCCUCGCUGGUUCCACUCUCAUUUCAUUCUACUUCCCUCGACCGCUUGUAUCAGAUCUGUGCACUGUCUUCAAUCCCGUUUCAUUUCUCUCUCUUGAAUAGCCAUUGUUUCGCCGCUGUUGUUUUAUUCUUUCAUCUUUCUCUGUCCACACAGAGUGUUUCUGUCUGUGUGUGAGCGUGUCAUUCCUGCGCAGUGGGAGAGAAUUUGUAGAUUUCGGAGUUGGAUCGAUUGAUUGUGGCGGUGCUUUAAUUUGCGCCGGGGGAUGGCGGUGAAUUCAGGGCCUGUGACACCGGGUCAGGUAUCAUUUUUGCUUGGAGUCAUCCCAAUCAUUGUUUCAUGGAUGUACUCAGAGUGGUUGGAGUAUAGGAAGUCAUCAUCCCCAUCCAAAGUCCACUCGGACAUUAAUUUGGCAGAAAUUGGAAGCGAAACAAUCAAGGAUGGGGAUGAAGCUGCUCUGUUAGAAGGAGGUCUGACAAAACCAUCGACUACAAAGUUGCUAAGUACCUCUACUAUGACAAACUUAAUUAGGUUUGUGAUGAUGGAUGAAUCAUUUUUGCUUGAAAAUCGAUUGCAUUUAAGGGCCAUGGCUGAGUUUGGGGGAAUUUUAUUCUAUUUUUACUUAUGUGACCGCACAAAUGUUUUUGGAGAUUCACCCAAGAACUACAACCGAGAUCUAUUCCUUUUUCUGUACAUUCUCCUUCUCAUAGUCUCAGCAAUGACUUCUCUGAAGAAACACAGUGACAAGUCUGCCUUUUCUGGGAAAUCCAUACUCUAUCUUAAUCGCCACCAGACUGAAGAGUGGAAAGGAUACAUGCAGGUCCUAUUUUUGAUGUACCAUUACUUUGCUGCGACGGAGAUCUACAAUGCAAUUCGCAUUUUUAUUGCUGCAUAUGUUUGGAUGACAGGUUUUGGGAACUUUUCUUAUUAUUACAUCAGAAAAGACUUUAGUGUUGCUCGAUUUUUUCAGAUGAUGUGGAGGCUAAACUUUUUUGUGGCAUUCUGUUGUAUUGUUCUUAAUAAUGACUACACCUUGUAUUAUAUAUGUCCGAUGCACACCCUCUUUACACUUAUGGUGUAUGGAUCCCUUGGAAUAGGCCACAAGUACAAUGAGAUAAAGUCUGUGAUGGCCCUGAAAAUUUUCAUGUGCUUUUUUGUGGUUAUAUUGGUUUGGGAAAUUCCAGGAGUAUUUGAAAUUGUGUGGACACCUCUCACUUUCCUAUUAGGAUAUACUGAUCCUGCAAAACCAAAUCUUCCACGACUGCAUGAAUGGCAUUUUAGAUCUGGACUUGAUCGGUAUAUAUGGAUCAUUGGGAUGAUAUAUGCUUAUUUUCACCCAAAUGUUGAGAAAUGGAUGGAGAAACUGGAGGAGGCUGAGACCAAACAGAGGCGAACAAUCAAAGCAUCCAUUGUUACAGUGGCCUCGAUUGUUGGCUAUUUAUGGUUUGAAUACAUAUACAAACUGGACAAAAUAUCGUACAACAAGCUGCAUCCAUACACAUCAUGGAUACCAAUCACUGUCUAUAUUUGCUUGAGGAAUUUCACUCAGGAGCUUCGAAAUUACUCUUUGGCCCUUUUUGCGUGGCUCGGAAAGAUUACACUGGAGACUUACAUUUCACAAUUUCACAUAUGGCUGAGAUCAAACAUGCCCAACGGACAGCCUAAGUGGCUGCUUUCUUUCAUUCCAGGUUAUCCGAUGCUCAACUUCAUGCUCAUAACAGCCAUUUAUAUCUUGCUAUCGCACCGACUGUUUGAGCUUACCAAUACACUCAAGUCAGCUUUCAUCCCCACAAAAGAUAAUCAGAAGCUAUUCUACAAUGCUGUUGCUGGAGCUGCUAUUUGCUUGUUCAUAUACUGCAUUUCAUUUGUUCUUCUGCAGAUCCGUUAUUAAUGCGCAUCUGAAUGUGAGCUGUGGAUCCUUUAGGACAAGGAAGUGUGUGCAUUGGUGCAUAUGGAAAUGAAGGCAAGAAUACUGGUUCUUACAUCAUUAAAGCCUUGGAAUAUUUUGCCACUUGUAGAUCCGAAAUCAGUCAAAAGAUUAGUAGAAACUUCACCAUGUCUUACCCCCCCUGGUGGGAGAGACAACAAAAACAUGUUUGUUUAUGGGACAUGCAAUUAUAGCCAAAUGAAACAAGUAAAUUUGCAUCUAGGAAACACUGUUGUUGAUGAUUCAUUUCCAACCCUCUUUGUCACAUGUUAUUCCCCAUUUUUGCCUUGUUUUAUUAGUGUAAACUCACAUUUGGUGCCUGAUAAUGUAACACUAUUAUUACCACCAAAUCACAAGUAGAAUGCAUGAGUGAGUUGCGGCAUUUAAUGUGGCAGCACAUCAUGAUUUUGACUUUUCA